GCAUGCGCCGCGCUGCUCCAGGAGUGCUGUUUCGGCCUGUUCCGCGGCCGCUCGGUCAUUUUCGCCUCUUUGUUUUACUGAUAGUGGAUUUAACUCGGAUUCAACCCAAUAUCCAGCGGACCGUGCUGCUCCCGAACAGGCUCCAAUGAGCGGCUCUUCAUGAUGAGGAGCUAACGCUGUCGGCCGCACAACCGCAGGAAGAGACGUGGCUGCUGCACCAUCCACAGUCGACGCAUGGCGGUAUUAGGGAACCCCGACAUGCUGACGAGGAAGAUAAAGCUGUGUCACAUCAACGCCCACAUCACAUGUCGUCUGUGUGAGGGCUACCUGAUCGACGCCACCACCGUCACAGAGUGCUUACACACCUUCUGUAGAAGUUGCCUAGUGAAGUAUCUGGAGGAAAACAACACGUGCCCCACGUGUAGGAUUGUUAUUCAUCAGAGCCAUCCACUGCAGUACAUCGGCCAUGACAGAACAAUGCAAGACAUUGUCUACAAGCUGGUACCGGGACUUCAAGAGGCGGAGAUAAAGAAGCAGAGGGAGUUUUAUCAGAAGUUGGGGAUGGAGGUGCCUGGAGACAUAAAAGGAGAGCUGUGCAACAUGAAGACUCAUCUAGAUCAGCGCAACGGCGAUGCGAAAUCAGAGGACACGGCCAAUAAGGAGGCAGGAGAGGAGAAACCAGAAGAGGACAACGACUAUCACCGUAGCGACGAGCAGGUCAGCAUCUGCUUGGAGUGCAACAGCAGCAAGCUUCGAGGUCUGAAGCGCAAGUGGAUCCGCUGUUCAGCACAAGCCACAGUCCUCCACCUCAAGAAGUUCAUCGCCAAAAAGCUUAACCUGACAUCAUUUAAUGAGCUGGACAUUUUAUGCAAUGAGGAAAUCUUGGGGAAGGACCACACUUUGAAAUUUGUUGUUGUGACAAGAUGGAGAUUUAAGAAAUCCCCCCUCCUGCUCCAUUACAGACCCAAGAUGGAUCUGCUGUAGCUAAAAACGGACAACGGUUGUUUCUUUCUUUUUAUUUUUUGAAUUUUGGCCCAGUGGCUGCAGACUGUGCCGAAACUUUUUUUAUUUAUGCAAAGACGAUCAAUCAACCAACAACACCAAGCAAACGCCCGACGCUAAAAGUCAGCAUAAGCCAGCAAAUCGGGAUCUAACGGGGGCGGGGACGAGUACAACACAAAACUGGCAACCUCCAGCACAGACACUGCAACACUGGUGUGUUUUUAGGAACUAAAACAACCAUUUUUUUUGUCCGCUACAUCCUAGAUAUGUGAACAAAACAAAAAAAAAAAUGAAAAAGAAAAAAAAAAACAAAUGGAGAGAAAGCAUAUAUUUAUACUUUUGUACAGAAGAGACACAUGGAACCAAGACACUACUGGUGCUCUGUUUACACGCAAACAAGAUGUCGGGGAUCACGUGACCGUCUUUUUGAGCUCCGUGCAGAAUUCAUUCUCCUGAGACAAUGACUGAGAGGAGGAUGUUUUUUAUAUAAAAAAAAAGGUGUUUUUUUUUUUUUCUUCUCUUUUUUCUUUUCACAAUACACUCGACACAUCUUGGGAGCACAGAAAGUUUAUGGAAAAGGUAAAGGUUAUAUAACAGGCAUCAAUUUUAAGCUGUUUAUCAAGUAAAUUGUCUCUGAAUCUUUUUUUUUUUUUUUUUUUCCAUUUCCAUUUUGUUGGCUUUGUCUAAUUUGCUAUUGGGUUAUUGAUGAUUGUUAAUUGUGAAUAGGCUAAAAUUUUUGUGUAGUAAUUUAUGUUCUAUAUACCAAUAUUGUACAUAAAAUGUCAUUACAGAGAGAGAGAGAUUGAAGAGAGUAAGAGAGACUUUAGACUGUUAAAAAAAGAAAAGAAAAAAAACAAAACAGAGAGGAUCCCAGAAGUGCUAUCUAUAUGUCCGGAGGUGAUAAAUUAGGAUUUUUAAAGACAGACUCACUAUCAGUAUCAAAAUAUAUAAAUGCAUCUUUAUGUUGUCUGAGAAAGACACAAAACAAAUAUAUCAGAUCCUUUGCCAGUUUGUGCGUAUGUGGGGUCUAAGUAUGUUACAUUGCUCUCAUAGCAUUACAGCAGAUAAGAAAGCUUCAAACUACCCCCCCACCCCCUCCCCAUGCUCCUCAUCUCACCUGCCUUCUAUAGAGUACAGUCUGUUCUUUUUUUAUCAUUAUCAACAAAUUCUAUCUUACCAAACACUCAUGUCCAUAAAUGCCUGCAAGAUAUAAAAAUGCAAUAUUUGUGCAGAGAGCUAGUUCUUUUUCUAUAGAUUUGAAUCUGUCGACUUUUCACUCCAAUGCAGUCCUCGGUAUCCGUCCAUGUUUGUGCAGUCUCUCAGCAGCGCCGGGCAGGCAAAUGCUGAUACACCCACAUGUUUACAGCUUUGUAGUUUGAGCUGUUAGCAGAUGUUGUUGGCACCCUGCGCCCCGCACACCAUGCAUUUCCCCUAUGCUACGUUUGUUAAAAAAGAAAUUACUGCAAACCUCUCCCACAGCUGCAAAAGUAAUGACUUUUGUAAAUGUAAAAACACAAACACACACACCCAUCUGAUCAGCCUCAGUAGAACAUGUCAGCCGGUUUGAUUAAGAUGAGUGCCGAUUACUGAUGUCACAAAGUUGCGUCUCUUGGGUGUGUUUCAGUUACUUCUCACUGCCAGUCGGAGUUGCAAAUGUUCAAAGGUUGUGUUCAAGAAAAAACAAUGUAAGAACAUUUCAGAAAAUUAUGUGAAAAUAGGUUUUUUUUUCUUCUCACAAAAAUCAGUAUAAAACUUGGAAUCUUUUUGCAGAAUAGCCAGUGUUCAAUACUGUUGACUUCGCAAGACACAGAUUUAUGAGUCUUUUUAAGAAACAAACUAGCAAAUUCAGGUUUCGCACAGGGACUGAGGUUUUUUGAACAUUUUGAUAAUGAAAUUCUGAAUAAAAUGACUAGUGUUUGGUCAUUUUGGUGCUUAUAAAUGUGCGUUUCUAAAUCUUGAGGAGGACUGUUCCUCAGGAGCGUGCUGUUCUUUGACUGUGUGACACAGCAAACCAAUGUUCUGUCAGACAUGAGUAACAAAAAGGUCUUAACUCACAAAGCAAACUGCAAAACUGUCUUCAACCACAACUGGAUCCUUAAACGCCAUGUCAGACCUCAAGUAGUAUUACCUCACUGACCUGUGUGGUCAGUAAUUACAUGAUAAUUAUUUACCCUUUGCAUUGUAUCUGCCCACAACAAGCUGUUCUGUCUGUAUGUGCACAUGCAGGGUUCCUAUGCAUCCACAGGUUCCAAUAGUCUGAAAAAUAUUGGAAUUCUAAAAUUGGAUAACAAAACAAAAAACUGAUGAUACACGUACAUUUGUUGGAAAUUUCUCUUAUCAGUCCCUGUGUCGUUCUAUUUGCAGUCUUGUAUAGUGAAUAUAGUCAUGUCAUCCACCGUUGUACCACAGCGAUCAGUGUUCGAAUCCUCAGUCUUGAGAAUUUGGGAUGUGAAAAUGGAGAAAUGUUUAGGAACCCUGCAGCAUAAGGACCUAUGACUUGUGUAUAAAAUCAGCAUUUUUAUAGCCUACAGGUCUGAACCAAACCAGCUCUACCAAAACCCCUCAUAUCAUCUCUGCAUGUUUCACUUCUGAUGGGAACCUUUUAUGUUUCAAGGCCCUUAAUCCAGUUACUGAUGGAAAGUGUUCAUUGUUUUUGGUUUUUGAUGCCAUUUUGUACCUAAAAUCAUACAAAGUAUUGGUUUAAAAAAAAAAAAAAGAAAGAAGUGAAGUUCCAGUUCGGUUUUGAGCGAUGCCGGUGUACCUGCUUGCAGCUCUAGGUGAAAAUCUGAUUGUAGAAAUAUAAUUUGCAGAACAAGCAUUCAACAAAAGUCAGAAAUUGGUGAAAUGUUUAACUUCAAUUUAAAAAAUAUGACCCUUUAAAAAAAAUUAUAUAAAACCAAAAACAGUGAGCCCUACAUGUUUGGUCAGGUCAUAGAAGAGUUGUUGUGUCAGUACUUGGUGAAAAUCCCUGCAAACAUACUGUAAUUACUCUGUACUAUCAUGUCUUUGUAAGAGCAGACUUGGUGUUUUGAAGGCUUACACACAGUUCAUUUCAUAGAAACAAGGCCAGUGUCAAGUUAAUUUCCUCCAGUUGUCAGACAUUAUGGGGUCCAUGUUAAACAGAAAGACUCUGGACUCACUCAGCUGGCAUUUUAAUGUUAUUUUGUCAUUGAGAUCGUUGACAUCUUCAUCUUGUCUAAGUGGCGUCACUUCCUGUAAACAUUCAGUCUGUUUCUGAUAAAAUCUCUUAAAUGUA